AUGUUAUCGUUGAAAAAUUAUUUUGUCAAUUUAAAUAUAUUUGAAUCAUCGACUGAUUCAACAGCAACAGAUGAAGAAAAAGAACAUGAAUGUCGAUCAAAUAUUAUUUCAACUCGAAUCUUUUUCAUUGUUUUUAUCAUCGUUCUAGUUGAACUCACUAUUAUUAUGAAAACAAGAAGUCGAGAUACACUUAUAAUAGUUGAAAAUCCAAGUGAAGAUCAAUUCAUAAAUUUACCAUCUGAUGCUCAUUGUCCAUGUUCUCGUAUAUCAUUAUCCUAUGGUGAAUUUAUUUCAAUUCAAAUUCGAUUUCAUCAGAUAUGUUCAAGUGAUUUUAUAUCUGAUCGAUGGAUUAAAACAAUUAAUUUUGGUUCAAAUACAACGUAUUUUUCCGCUUCUAACUUUCGAAAAGAAGGGAGUGCAAUAUUUCAAUCACUCGAAAGUUUUUGUCGACUUUCAAAAGAUUAUGCUAUUCAAAGUAUUGAUUCAUUUAAUAAAGAUUUAUUUAUAAGUCAAGAAGUUUUAAAAGAAUCUGUAUUUCAAUCCCAAAUAAAUGGUACUAUUCAUCAAUUUCAAUUAUUAUCACCUAGUGGAUUCUCAAUACAAUUAGAAUUAAUACAAAAACUGACAGCCGGAAAUCGUUUUCUAUCUGCUCUUCAGACUAAUUAUAUGCAAUCGUAUGUACCUUGGGGGAACAAUAUAGUUCUUAUUCAGGUACAUAAUCAAGUUUUUCCGGAUGGAGAGCAUUCCUCAUGUUCUUGUCGGAUCCGUAUUGAUUGUAACAUAGAAUCAAUGAUAUUGAAUGAAUUUGAACAACCUAAUAUCGACUACUAUCCGCCUUAUGGUAAGAUGUUAAUGAAAAUUCCUGGAAUGGUGCAUAGCUGUCUACCAGUAAAUACAAUUCUUCUCUCAACAUUAGAAUGUUUUUAUAAUCAAACAUGUUUAAAUGAUCUUGUUUCAUUAUUACCUACGACUGAAGCUUUUACAGCAAUGUCACAAUUCGAACAAACUCGUUAUGAGUUAAAUUCAACAAUACAAACUAUUAUCGACAAUUUAAUGAUUGAAGAAUGGGUGAUCGAUAUUUCUUAUAAGAAAUAUUAUGAACAAUGUGCUCCCAUUUCAUGUACUUAUUUUAAGAAUGAUAAAUAUGAUUGGAAAUUUGUACUGACACAAUUAAUUGGUUUAUUAGGAUGUAUAAUAAUGGUAUGUAGUUUUAUUAUACAAAAUAUAGUUAAAUUCAUUCGACGACGACCAUCUCAAAAUACAGAAUCAAUAUCUUAUCUUCAACAAAAAACAAUUCAUCAACCAUCAGAAUUUCAAUUUAAAGAACUUGAAAAAAUUUAUUCUUCAAAUCUUUAUUGUUCAUGUUCAACAGUCUCAAUGAAUUAUUCAACUUUUAUUAUGAUUGAACCUUACUUUCAUCAAAUAUGUUCAAGUGACUUAAUAUCAGAUGCAUGGAUUAAUUAUAUCAAGGGUGAUAACAUACUGAACGAUUAUUUUCCAAUAUUUGACUAUCGAAAUUCUGGUGUAUUCCACUUUCAGUUAUUGUCAUUGUUAUGUCAACAUUCUCAACAAACAGUUAAUAUUAGUAUCAAAACAUUUCUUCAAACACAAUUUCUUUCUUCACAAGUUAUUUCUCAAAACCGAUUUGAAACUAAAGUUAAUUCAUCUAUUAAUGAUUGGAAAUCUGAAACUAUCGAUCAAUUUUUACAAACAAUUAAAAUAUUUCAAGCUGUAUCACAUGGAAAUCAACUUAUGAGUCAGCAGUUUCAUUAUUAUAUAUACUCGAAUGAUACAAAAAUGAAUCUUGAAGUAAAAAAAUAUUUCAAUUGUUCAUGUAUUCUAUCUUCAUCAUGCCUGAUCUCUAUCGGUCUGUACGAAGGUGAUCUAUCUUGGGAGUUUUACAUGACACUUUUCAUAGUCCCAAAUUUUUUUCUGGGUUGUUCUCAAAUCGAAGGAUUAAUGAAAUCAACUUUAGAAUGUUUUUAUCAUCUAUCAUGUAUGAUUAAAUUAGAUCGAUAUUUUGAUUUUCCUCUUGGAUCAUCUUUUAAUUUUUCAAAUUUAAAUCAAAAUCUUAAUCCACCGAAUGAAAUAAUAGAAUCGAUUAUCAAUAGACUUAUGAUUGAUUCUUGGACAUCGAAUAUUUCAUUUUCUUCAUAUUAUAAUACAUGUUCUCCAUCAUCAUGUACAUAUCAAUAUAUUAGUCGAAAUGAUUUAUUCUUUGUUAUAACAACAAUUCUUGGUAUUUGUGGUGGUUUAUCUCUUGGAUUAAAACUACUUACUUUAAUUAUUCUUCGAUUUAUUGAGAAUAUAAUUAAUAAUAAUUGUUUUAAUGGAUUUAUAACAAUGAUAAAAAACUUAUUUGUUUGUAAUACUGAACAACGUCUUAUUAAUCGACUUCAUUUCAUUUUACUUUUAUUAAUAUUAUAUUUAAUAUUUAUAUUUUCUGCUUUUAAACCAAAAUUAGUUACUAUCCAAAUAAUAAAACCAUCACUUUCAAAUUAUAAAGAUUUAUUAAAAGAUCAUUCCAAUUCUCUUCAAUGUUCUUGUUCACAAAUAUCUAUUCCAUAUGAAACAUUUCUUAAUAUUGAACCUCAUUUUCAUGAUUUAUGUUCAAGUCAAUUUAUUUCUGAUGAAUGGAUUCAUUAUAUUUAUGGUGAAGGUCAUCUUUCUCGUCGAUUUUCAUUCGAUGAUUAUCGUUAUUCAGCUCCUGGACAAUUUCUUUCACUUUCUUCACUUUGUAAACUUAGUCAAGAAAAAGUAAAUCAUACUCUUUCGCAUUUAUUGACAAGUUAUUUUAUUAAUUCUCAGCUUUUAUCUGAAAAUCUUUUAAUUGAACAAAUUGAAAUAAUUCUAAAUCGACUUCAAUCAACUACAUCCAAUUCAUUUCUUAAUAUUUUGAAUUUAAUUCGUGAAAUGAUUGGUUCGAAUAUGAUUAUGAGUAAAUGGAUUACUAAUUGGGAAUAUAUUCCUCAAGGUGCAUUUUCUGAUUAUGUAUAUGUACAUACAGCACCUAUAAGUUAUGGUGAAUGUAAUUGUGGAUUAUCAUUUAAAUGUACUCAGUCAUCAGGAGAUAUGAUGAGUGGUUGUUAUCCACUUGAAUCUAUUCUUCAAACAAAACUUUACUGUUUUUAUGAUCAAAAUUGUAUUGAUUCAAAUGGAAAUUUUACAAGUUUAAAUAUGUCUGCGUUAAAAAAAAGUCAAUUUCAUUUAAAUUCAACAAUUGAAUCAAUUUUAAAUAAUUUAAUGAUUGAAGAAUAUAAAACUAAUUUAUUAUAUGAAAAUUAUUUUAAUCAAUGUCAACCAUUAUCCUGUUCAUAUUCUUAUAUUAAAACUCAUGAUAUAACUCAAACAAUAAUAUCUCUCAUUUCUCUUUAUGGUGGAUUAGUUAUUAUAACUCGUUGUUUAGCAAUUAUUUUUGUUAAAAUUUAUCAACAUAAAAAAAAUCGAAUUAAUCCCGAAGUUCUUCAACAAAAUAUUUAA